UCGAUAGACCGCGCGCUCCACGUGUUUUUCUUCCAUUUUCUCGCAGCGCGCAACACGUGCGGAGGUUUCUCUCCGUCUAUUAGUUGAUUUAGCAGAAAACGUAGAUAAGAUGGCCGACGUGGAAGUACGCAAGGAGAAGAAAAAGAAGAAGAUCAAGGAGGAGCCCUUGGACGGCGAUGACAUUGGCACGCUGCAGAAGCAGGGCAACUUCCAAAUCAAGCCCUCUUCCAAGAUCGCCGAGCUGGACACCUCGCAAUGGCCGCUGCUCCUGAAGAACUUCGACAAGCUGAACAUCCGUUCCAACCACUACACUCCGCUGGCCCACGGAUCGUCGCCCCUGAACCGCGACAUCAAGGAGUACAUGAAGACGGGCUUCAUCAACCUGGACAAGCCGUCUAACCCCAGCUCCCACGAGGUGGUGGCCUGGAUCAAGAAGAUCCUCAAGGUGGAAAAGACUGGCCACUCCGGCACGCUGGAUCCCAAAGUCACGGGUUGCCUGAUUGUCUGCAUUGACAGGGCCACCAGGCUGGUAAAGUCCCAGCAGAGCGCCGGCAAGGAGUACGUGGCCAUUUUCAAGCUGCACGGAGCCGUGGAGUCAGUGGCCAAGGUGCGUCAGGGCCUGGAGAAGCUGCGUGGUGCCCUCUUCCAACGACCUCCGCUCAUCUCUGCCGUAAAGCGUCAGUUGCGCGUUCGUACUGUCUACGACAGCAAGCUGUUGGACUACGAUGAAAACCGAAAUAUGGGUGUUUUUUGGGUUAGUUGCGAGGCCGGCUCCUACAUCCGUACCAUGUGCGUCCAUUUGGGUCUCGUACUGGGUGUCGGUGGUCAGAUGCUGGAGCUCCGUCGUGUCCGCUCUGGCAUUCAGUCCGAGCGCGAUGGUAUGGUGACCAUGCACGAUGUUUUGGACGCCAUGUGGCUGUACGAAAACCACAAGGACGAGUCUAUGCUGCGACGUGUGAUCAAGCCGCUAGAAGGUCUGCUGGUCAACCACAAGCGCAUUAUUAUGAAAGACAGUUCGGUCAACGCCGUUUGCUAUGGUGCCAAGAUUACAUUGCCCGGUGUCCUGCGCUACGAGGAUGGCAUUGAGAUCGAUCAAGAGAUUGUUAUUUGCACCACCAAGGGCGAGGCCAUUUGCCUGGCCAUCGCCCUCAUGACCACAGCCACCAUGGCCUCUUGUGACCAUGGUGUGGUGGCCAAGAUCAAGCGAGUGAUCAUGGAGCGCGACACAUACCCGCGCAAGUGGGGAUUGGGCCCAAAGGCGUCGGCCAAGAAGGCGCUCAUUGCCGCCGGCAAGCUAGACAAGUUCGGACGGCCCAAUGAAAACACACCGAAGGAGUGGCUGACUGGUUAUGUCGAUUACAAUGCCAAGAAGCCAGCAGCUCAAGAAGUUUCCCCCUCGAAUGGCACCAGUGAACCCAGCAAACGCAAGUUAAGCACCUCCAGCGUUGAGGAAACUGCGGCGGCCGCGGUAUCCGACGAGACUCCUUCCAAGGACAAAAAGAAGAAGAAGAAGAAGCACAAGGGCGAUGAGGAGGCCCCAGAAGCUGCUGAGGAGGAGGCAGAGCCAGUAGAGAAGGAGAAGAAAAAGAAGAAGAAGAAGGACAAGGAUAGGGACAGAGACGAAGCUCAGGAAUAGAAAUCUAAAGUUUCUGUAGGAUUAGGUAUUAAAGAGAACUCUACGCUUUUUUGUAGAGGCACCUACCAAUUGCUAGCUGUUAGGUUUAAGGAGUGUUUUUAUGUGUAGAAGUGCAUACCAAUUACAAAUGCAUUUAAGUGACAUUCGCAAUGCAAUAAAUUGUAUAUUUUAUUGUGGAACUCUA